CGAACUAUUUUGUAUUUAUUUCAUAAUUUUAAGCAAAAUUUGUCUCAAUACGGGUAUGUAUGUACUUCUUAGGUCCUAUCCUAACCACGGUUUAAAUAUUCGCCCGUAUUGAAUUUACACACUGUAUAAAUGUAAGUACCAAUUACUUCUAAUAAGGUCAAAAAAGCAUGAAGCCCUUGAUAAUCAAGGAAGCAAUGAUAUAAUCCCACAGAAACAUCUUACCGAAUCGUUUCGCUCAGGAUUUCCUUAUGGAUCCAAAAUAUCGAUGGCACAUAAAUAACUUGUGUAACGUUAAGAUCGAUGGGUGGAGCUUCGCCUUGACUUUGUAAACAUACCGGUUGCAAUAACGAAUGAUUAAUACCUGUUCGAAGAUACACGUAUAAAAGCGAAAGCAAGUGCUCCGAAAAGUAUUCUGACAAGAACACUCAUACAAACAUGUACGCUAAGAUCGUAGUUGUCCUGUGCGCCGCGGGCAUCGCCUCCGCCGGCAACCUGCUGCACGCCGCGGCUCCCGUAGCGUACGCCGCACCCGUCUCCUCGGUGUCAUACGCCACGCACACGGCGCACGGCGCCCCCGUCGCCACGUACGCUGCUGCCCCCGUCGCGUCAUAUUCCGCCGCCCCCGUCGCCACCUACGCCGCCGCCCCCGUUGUCAAAUCCGUCGCUCCUGCCGUCUCCUACCAGAGCAUCUCGACCCACUCCGCUCCCGUCGCGUACGCCGCUCCCGCUGUAGCGACUUACGCCGCUGCCCCGGUGUUGCAGAAGACCAUUGCGCCAGUAGCUACUUACGCCGCCGCCCCCGUUGUACACAAGACCAUCGCCGCGCCCGCCAUCUCGGCUUACCACUCUGCCCCCGUGGCUUACGCUCCCGCUCCCGCUGUACACGCCUACCAGGCUGCCCCCGUUGCCACUUACGCCGCCGCCGCUCCCGUAGUCAAGACCGCUGUCACCUACUCCGCUGCCCCGGCUGUCUCCCAUGUCUCUUACUCCAGCGCCUACGGUAACUACGGCUGGUAAACAAGUUAAAACUGGUUACGUUUUAUUAUUUAUUUAUUCAGUUUUAUACCGCCUGUAAAUAUGCAAAUAUAAAAAGUGAAAAAUA